GAGGAAGAUUCUCCCAUUAAACGGUCCUCUCGGACAGCCCGGUGGAGACGAAGGGAGAACAAGUCGCAGCUACAAGAGCUGACAGAAGAUGAGAUGCUGGACCUGGCCCUAAAACUGAGCGCUCAGGAAGCAAACAGUGUUGCACAGAGACGACGGCUGGAAGACAAAGACAUACAGAAAGCCAUAGCGGAAAGUCUUAAUGUAACUUAUUCUUGUAAAGGCCGGAAUACACUUCACGACUUUUAAAAUGGGAACAGAUUUUGAAAAACAAGACAUCAUACACUUGCUGACUUUCGAAAUGGUUACAGAGAAAAACUGGCAUCAUGCACUAAACGACUGAGGAUCACACACUACCGGACUUUCAAGUGGUUCCAAAAACAACAAACAUGCACCUCGUUGCAUGACACAUGAAAGCAAUAUCUGUUCUAAAAUCGAUUCAAAAUAUCAAAUAUGUUUGUUCUCCUCCAACUGGAAAGAAUCAAAGUCUGAAGCUAAAGAGUCUGUGCUCAUCAUACACUAGGCGAUUUUCUGUGAAAUCUGUCAUCUCUGACUGACCAAAAUCUGCAGACUAGCUCUGACUUUGGGCAACUAGCAUCACCUCGUCCAGACUGCAAAUCGGGGGGAAAAUCUUUGCAAAUGUCAUGAGAGCACUGUUAAAGCAUCAGAGGGUCAGGAUGAAGCAGCCAGCUCUUCAGAUCAACCACAGCAGAAUGUAGCAAAUGCGAUAUCACACUUGAGACGAAAGCUGUCUUACCCCAGCCAGGAUCAGACAAACCGCAAGAAUGAGAGGGAAACGACUAGUCCGCUGCCAGAAAUGCCUGAUCUGUCACCGAUGGCCUCCUCACAUCUUUCAUCAAAGAGUUCAGCUCAGGUCUCCAGGACUCCUGCUACCACUCAGGACAAGACCUCAGAUAAACAGACAGUCAUCAGUGACACUCCGGAGGACGAGCUCUUCAAAUCUCUCUCAGAGUCCCAGACAUCCCCUGUCUUCUCCAGGCAUGGCAGCUUCGAUCGCCAGCCUGUAGUAUGUGUGGAGAAACUGAGUCAGGAACUCAUCCCGGCGAGCGCAGGCUCAAUAAACUUUCACACACAGGACAGCACUGUCAUUUCCACUUGCCCUGACAGAUUUCGGUCCCCCCAGCAGGAUUCGCCCUUUUCCAAAUGGCCGGUCUUCACUCAGGGUGACUUCAAACGAUCAAGCAAUUUGCUAGAGGACAAAGAUGACCAUCAAAAUGCUAAAGGGAAUGAAGACGAUACUCAAAUACCUGCUGAAGAUACUCAUUUACCAACACAGCUAAGCCAAGGUUUGAGCACAGAUCCAGAUACGUGCCUUUCACCUUCUAAAAGAUCCCAGAUAUCAAGCCCCAAAUGUGUGCCUGUAAAAAACAAUGAAGACGUCACUGAAACAAGUAAAACUCCUGACCAAAAGCAAGUGGAGGAUCAAACCCCUCAGGGUGAGAAUGUAAAAUCUGACACUGCUGCAGAAAGUGCUCCAAACACUCAGUCUUGGAAUGAAUUUACUAGUCACAUGGUCUUGCAUUUAACAGAUGAUGAUGAUGAUGAUGAAGAUGAUGGCAGUGAAGAGGUUCUUUCCCCGAGCCCAGUCAAGAAGAUUUUUCGGCCAAUCAGGACUGAGCUUUCUCCAAACCAGUCCUGUAUCUCUUCAACUACCAUCACCCUCGAUCCUUCCACACAAGACACACAGAUGUCUCGGUCUGUCCUGGAGGAGGACUCAAGAGCAUCCAAAGCUACUGAAUCCAAACCCACCGACUGUAAACCUCAACAUACUUCAGUGGAAAAAGGACAAUGCACAAUCUCUUACUACUGGGGAGUGCCUUUCUGUCCUGUGGGGCAAAACCCGGACGAGUACACCCGUGUGAUCAUGUGUCAGAUGGAGGUGUACGAGAAGAGCCUGAAGGAGGCCCAGCGAGAGCUGCUGCGCAAAGCAGAUUGGGGACAGCCGGUGUGUCCUCGCUCAUCAGAGAGGCAGUUUGGUGGGAGGAGAUGGAAGCGCCACAGAGCUCCUCAGCUGUCGGAAGAUGAGGAGGAGAAUGAAGAAGAGGGAGAGAAGGAAAAUAACAGAAUAGAGGUAGAAGAAGAGAGGGACAAAGCAGGGCAGGAGUCUGUGGUGGGGUCACAGGAGGAAGCUGAGGGAGGACAGACUGAGACAUAUGUAGUUUUGUCUUCUCCAGAGACAAAAGAUGAGCAAGUGGAAAAAACACCGUUCUCUAGCCAAGAAGAGCCUGCAACUGCAGCUGCAAAUAAAUCUUUCAGGAAAAAUGCUCCAUGGGAUAUUUCAGAUGAAACUCAAAUAAAGUGUCCAGCUGAGCAGGAGGAACAGGAGGCCCAGACUCAUGAGGGUUGUGAAGAGGAUGAUAUAGUUUGUCCAGAGACUCAGAUGACUGAAAACAGCACACCAGAGCUAAUGAUGACCAGUCCUGCCAGUCCCGCACAGCCCCAGUCUCACGCUGACAGCGAGGUGAUGGAGGUAGAGGAGGGAGGAGGUGCGUCUGUGGCAGUGGAGGAGAUGAUGGAGCAGGAGUGCGAUCCAACAGAAGCAGCUCCUCCUCACAGUCAGAGGAUGGAGUGCCCCAUGUGCUCUAAACUCUUCCCCCUCAGCAGGAUCGAGGUGCACGCAGCUUUCUGUGAUGGUGAAGCAGACCAGCAGGAAGAACAAUCACAAGUUGUUGCCCGACGGAGGAGGACCAGAGGAAAUUUAACAGAGGAAUCUCAGCAAUCUGGCAAGUCAGCAGAGAUGGAGAAGUGCUUCCUGUGUCAGGAGUUGUUUUCACCCCAGGAGUAUCCAGAUCAUGUCAAGUUGUGCUUCAAAAAGAAAGACUCAAAAACUAAUGAGGAAAACGGCCUACUUUCUGCUCUGGAACGGACAGAACGAAGACAUACUGGCAGUGAUGAACCUGGGCCAUCUGAUGUUUCAACAAAGAGCAACUGUGGUCUUGCCAAUCCUGCAGUGAUUGGGAUGUCUGAAAGUGUAGACUGUUCAGCGACGACUUCCUGUCCCAGUAACGCCUUCACUCCUCGAUCAGAAAACACUGACUGCCUUAUUGACUCCUCUAAGAACAGCCUAAGACUCUCAAGAAAAAGAAAAUUCAAAAGAUAGUGUCAACAUGCUUUUACUAACACUGGUGUCUGUGAUUUUCAAUGCCUCUCCAUUUGUAUGGCCUUUUAUAAAAUAAAAAAAAUUAUAUAUUUAAAGCCUUUGUUGUAUUAUAAAAGUGUAUUAAAUGAUAUUGGCACCUCA